AUGGGCAAGACCUAUGCAAUGCCAGAUCACCUCCGGUCUCUUACCAAGUCCAGUGAAGUCGAUGGAAACGGCAACAGCAGGGUCUGGACCUUCUCAUGUGAUCUAAAUCCCAGCAUCCUUGAGCGUGACGAUCUCCGUGCACCGCUGUACAUGUCUCCAAUUGACCCACUUUUCCAAGACAUGGAUAAUCCCUCUAGACGUUACCUAUGUCAUUUUGCUACAACCCUCUGCGAAGACCUUGUGAUAGCUGAUGUUCCCAACGAGAACCCAUUCCGCAGUCUGAUUCCCACAUGUAGAGAUCAUCCUAUCUUACUCCACAUUAUAGUUGCCAAUGCCGCAAUGCAUAUCUCGAGUAUGAGCCGUUCAAGCUUUGACUCACACAUGGACAGCGUACGGACACCGUUCCCAGGUAAUUCGUUCGUGAAGCCCUUGAGCCCUACCAGGCAUUCGACAGACUCCCCCACCGGUGCAACCCUAGAUGCCCUAUCGGCAAAGCACAAAGCAAUCCACCUCCUCAAGAGAGCCUUGGAGAAUUUACCAUCCACAGAUGUCGACCUCGUAGUGACUGUCAUACUACUCUUUAUCAACCUCGAACUCAUCGACUCCGGCAAAAAUGCAUGGAGAGCUCAUGUUGAAGGCGCCAUGAAGCUUAUUAGCACUCUGAAACCAUUCACCAAUGACCAAAUAUCUCCAGUAGCAUUGAUACGCGAUCGCAUCACUUCAGACUGUCUAACGUAUCAUGUCCUGGGGUCAACCCUCACCAAUUCCACCACCUUCCUAGAUCCAUUCGCUCUUCCCAUCGAUAUAGCCGCCAUCCUCAGACGAUCUGAAGCAAACAGCUAUCUCUCGUUCCCGACCACCCUCCUCCAGAUCCUAUUCCGGGCAUGCGAGUUAUCAAAUAUAGCCGUCCGUCUCCCCACGACCGAAGCCCCCGCUCUAAUCAACGAAGCAUCUUCCUUACUAAGAGCCGCGCAAUCCUUCGACGUAGUAGCCUGGGCGAACAGUGUCGAAGCGCCCCCACGCAGCGAACACCAAACCGCAUCCACACAGCCCUCGCCCACCAAAACGCAGUUUGCAUAUACAUAUACCGGAGCGUCACCCAUUCUCUCACCGAUAUAG